AUGGGCACCAAAGCGGCCGGGAGCUCUCCGUUCCUGCAGAUCGGUGGGGAGCGCGAGGCCGGCAUCGAUGUCCGCCAACAGAACACCACGGCCGUCCUGGCCGUCGCGAACAUCGUCAAGUCGUCGCUCGGCCCCGUCGGACUCGACAAGAUGCUCGUCGACGACAUCGGCGACGUGACCAUCACGAACGACGGCGCGACCAUCCUGAAGCUCCUCGAGGUUCAGCACCCUGCUGCGAAGAUCCUAGUCGAACUCGCGGACCAACAGGACCAGGCCGUCGGCGACGGCACGACCUCCGUCGUGAUCGUCGCGUCCGAGCUCCUCCGCAAGGGCCACGAGCUCGUCCGGCAGCGCAUCCACCCGACGUCGAUCAUCUCUGGUUUCCGCCUCGCCGCGAAAGAGGCCGUGCGCUUCGUGAACGAGCACCUCGCGAUCCCCGUCGAGAAGCUCGGCAAGGACACGCUCGUCAACGCCGCGAAGACGGCCAUGUCGUCCAAGAUCGUCGGGGCGGACGGGGACUUCUUUGCGCGCAUGGUCGUCGACGCCAUCACGUCCGUGAAGCGCGAGGACCCGUUCACGCGCGCCGUGACGUACCCCGUCAAGGCCGUGAACGUGCUCAAGGCGCACGGGCGCUCCGCGCGCGAGUCGACGCUGCUCCCGGGCUACGCCCUCAACAUGGGGCGUGCCGCGCAGGGCAUGCCCAAGGUCGUGAAGGGGGCGCGGAUCGCGUGCCUGGACAUGGACCUGCGCAAGGCGCGGAUGCAGAUGGGCGUGCAGGUGCUCGUGAGCGACCCGAACGAGCUCGAGAAGAUCCGGGAGCGCGAAUCGGAUAUCACAAAGGAGCGGAUCCAGAAGAUCCUGGACGCCGGCGCGAACGUGGUGCUGACGACCAAGGGCAUCGACGACAUGGCGUUGAAGUACUUCGUGGAGGCCGGGGUCAUCGCGUGCCGGCGCGUGGCGAAGGACGACAUGAAGCGGAUCGCGUCGGCGACGGGCGCGCAGGUGGUGGCGAGCCUGGCCGACAUGGACGGGGAGGAGACGUACGACGCGGCGUGCCUCGGCAGCGCGGACGAGGUCUGCGAGGAGCGCGUCGCGGACGACGACAUGGUCAUGAUCAAGGGCUGCCAUGAGGCGCACGCGGUGACGAUGCUGCUGCGCGGCGCGAACGACUACAUGCUGGACGAGAUGGACCGGUCGCUGCACGACGCGCUGUGCAUCGUGAAGCGCGUGCUCGAGUCCGGGAGCGUGGUGCCGGGCGGCGGCGCCGUGGAGACAGCGCUUAGCAUCCACCUGGAGAGCUUCGCGGUCACGCUCGGGUCGCGCGAGCAGCUCGCGAUCGCGGAGUUCGCCGAGGCGCUGCUCGUCAUCCCGAAGACGCUGUCGGUGAACGCGGCCAAGGACGCGACGGAGCUGGUAGCCAAGCUGCGGUCGUAUCACUACACGAGCCAGCUCAAGGACGAGAAGCGCCGGAAGCCGCACCUGAGCCAGUUCGGGCUCGACCUGGUCGAGGGCGUGAUCCGGAACAACAUCGAGGCCGGCGUGGUGGAGCCCGCGAUCAGCAAGGUCAACAUCCUGAGGUUUGCGACCGAGGCCGCGAUCACCGUGCUGCGGAUCGACGACCUGAUCACGCUGGAGGCGCCGCAGGAGCAGUAG